AUGCCGUACUGUGCAACUCCACUACACGCUACCCCACCACCCCCCCCCCACACACAACACACCACCACCCCCAACCACACCCCCACCACACCCCACACCACACCCCACCACACCCACCCACCACCACCCCCCACCACACCACAACCACCCACCCCCACCCCCCCCAACCACCACCCCACCCCACCCACCACCCACCCACAACCCACCACCCACCCCCACCCCACCCACCAACCCACCCCCACCCCACCACCCCACCCCACCCACCCAACCCACCACACCCCCCCACCACCCACCCCACCACACCCCCCACACCACCCCACACCACCCCCACACCACACCACCCACCAACCCACCACACCCACAACCACCCACACCCACACACCCACCACCACACACCCCACACACCCACACCACCCACCCAACCCACCACCCACACCACACCCACCACACCCACACACCCACCCACACCACCCACCCACAACCACACCCACACCACCCCACCACCCACACCCCCACCACCCACCACAACACACCCCACACCACCACACCCACCACACCACCCCACCCACACACCCACAACCCCCACACCACCAACACCCCACCACCACACCACCCACACCACACCCCCCACCACAACACCCACACCCAACACCACAACCCCACCCACCACCCACACACACCCCACACACCCCACACCCACCCAACCCCACCAACACCCACCCACCCCCCACCACCCACACCACCACCCCCACACCCACCCACCACCACCCACACCACACACCACCCCAACACACCACCCACCACCACCCCACACACCCACCCCCCCAAACCAACCCUAACCCAAUCAACAAACCCCAAAACUAA